AAGCGAAAGAAGAAUCUGAGCUAGAAUCUUCUUGUUCGUUAGAAGCGGAUUCUGCAUUAAGGAAUAGUUUUCAGCUAAAGACUAAUCUUUUGAAUCAGCUGAGAAGAACCCGUCAAUUUUCGUGUUUAACUUUAGGCUUGAGCUCGGAUAUUUGCAACAACAGCAAUUCUUUAUUCUUCAAAAAUAGUUCCAUUCAAAAGCCAUUGCUUAAAAUUAUCCCUUUGAAAGUCCCGUCUCUUCGACGACAAGUACACAUCUUCAAUGAUCAACCUCCAAUUCGUCGUACACCUCCACCACCAAUUAGCCAGUAUAGACGGUUUCAACAGGCACCACCUUUCUAUCAGAAACAAGUCUUUUGGGUCUAUACUGGGGCGAUAGGCGGCCUUGCUGGCGUAUAUUACUAUAAUCACCUGGAAACUGUGCCAAUGACUGGACGACGGCGGUUCAUUGAUAUCACACCAAAACAGGAGGAACUCAUGUCCCAACAGGCUUACCGUCAGAUAAUGUCAAUAUAUCGUGGCAAAAUUCUAUCACCCUUGUCCCUCCAAACACAGUUUGUGCGUGGAGUCGCCGAGAGAAUAAUAAAAGUUAGCGGGAUGGAACAUCUGAAUUGGGAGUUUCAUGUAAUUUCCUCACCAGAAAAAAAUGCAUUCGUUCUUCCAGGUGGCAAAAUUUUUGUGUUUACUGGCAUUCUACCGAUCACUCAAAAUGAAGAUGGAAUGGCCGCGGUUUUGGGACACGAAAUUGGACAUCAGAUAGCCCGUCAUAGCGCAGAAAAGCUUUCUUUUGUUAAGGUUUUGUUUUUUACUCAAAUUCUCCUCAGUUUAAUAUUUGAUCCAGGUUUAUUAAGUCGCGUGUUUUUUGAACUUGGAAUAAUGAUGCCUUUUUCGAGAAAAUGUGAAACAGAAGCAGAUUAUAUUGGGCUCCUAUUAAUGGCUCAAGCAUGUUUCGAUCCCAGGGAAGCAAAAAACGUUUGGAAAAGGAUGGAUCAAGCACAAAAAAUUGCGCCACCGCAAUUUCUAAGCACCCAUCCAGCCAAUAAAAAGCGCAUUCAAAAAAUUGAAGAAUGGAUGCCCGAAGCUAUGCAAAAACGUGCCGGUAGUGACUGUGAACAAACUAUGGAGGGCUUUAGAGACGCGUUUGAUCAAAUGAGAGGUCAAUGGGUUGUUUAUUGA